GUAGUGUAAGGUUGGCAGAGGAACACGUGUUUAGAUUAGCGAUAAGUUCAUCAAGAAGUCCGUAUUAUAAAUCAUUAAGUUCCUACUUCUGCGGUCAGUUAAAAGGUUUGCCUCAGAAGUUCUUGGCCGAAACACAUUCUUCAUUUUUUUACAAUUACGUACUUCGAAUUCUGUGUGAAAAGAAGUGGAUUUAAAAUGGCAAGUGUUCUGGAAGUUCUGUUUGCACAGCAAGUUUUGCUACUAACAACUGAAAGCUGACGUGAUCUUUGGAUAGCCAGUAUGUGGAGCCUAUUCACUGGGUAGUGAACCCAUGCGAGUGGAAACUCUCAUCUUUAAACCUGAUUUUAUCUUACAAGUGCCUGGAGAUUCAAACUAAUUUGCUGUGUGUGCUAGGCGAUUAACCGCAAGGAUCAAUCACACAAUAUCCGUCAUAGUCUGCAAAUAAUACCGAAAUCCGCAUAAUCUUUUAGCAUCGGAUAGUGUACCAACUAAUAACAGCUGAGUAACGAACUGGCAGGAGUAAAUUCAAGAUAACUUGAUAGUUCUGUAUUGUAAAAGUUCUUUUGACACUUUUAACUACUUUUUACAAGUCAGAGUUGUAAUAUCAGCUAGUGGCUGGUGUAAACAGAAAAUAAACCGUAAUAUUAAUUAUAUUCAAAAUCGGAUUAUCACAUAACAGAAGUUAUACUGACACUAAAAGAGAAUUUCAAUUGCUGUGAAAAAACACGAAAAAACGGUGAUGUUCAUUAUCGCUACUUCUUGAAGUUUUAACAAGCACUGACAGUGGUCAACGAACUUGGUUCCGGGAAGAAGGAAAAAUACGUUCAAAAGUUUCUCUUGCACGCAAAAGCAAUAUGAAGAAAUUUCAAGUGUCUUCAGCCGAUUACGAACGUUAGUCAAGGAUGAUAAGUUAUUAAUACGCCUUCAAUUACUGGCAUGGAAAAUUAGCUCAUAAAAUCUCAUUAUCACUUCGCCGUUGGAUAAAAGUUUGCAUAUGUAAUUGGAUAUUGUGUAAACAUUGUCCAUUAAGUUUCUCUUACCACAAGACAACACGGGAGUCAACUUUCCAUCAAAUAAUAAUAGCCUCCACUUAACAAAAUUUCUUCUUCGUCUUGUGAUAUUGGGCUUCGUAAAUUACAACGUGUUUGUGUCUUUCUAAAGAGGGGAGGGGCGUAGGAGGAAUAAGAAACCUGUGAAUUACAUAAAGGUCAGUGUUUCACUCCCACCUCUGAGGACUAUCGUUGUCAUCAGCAAUUUGCUGUACGGUUUUCCCUUUCGCCUAGACCACUUUGUCAUCUGGCAUUCGGUACAUCUUCAACACUAACCUACUUUGUCCAGCGCGGAAGGAAAUACGAGGCAUGGUGUCAACGCACAGAUUCAAGCAGUUUAUCGCGGUUUGGACAUCUUGGGACGUGUCGUGAAGUUUUUCAAGUAGCAAGCAAGAUUUAUGGAAGUGAAAUAUUAGAAUUCGCGUGAAAUUUCUAACAAUGCAAACGUAAAGUUUCGUAAGCGUGUCUAGUUGCGUGGCAUUUAUGGCUUUCAAUAAAUACGUUUGAAAUGUUUGUUUAAAACAUUAGAAUUACGAUCAUAAAAAGCAGGUGUGGACAGAUGUGUUAAUUGUUGAAACUGCUUUCAACAGUUCAUUAACACAAGUUGCCGGAUGAGGGGAACAGAACUUUCUUCUUGUACUAAAAAUAACAAGUCUUCCUGUAAUUAAGUAAAACUGAAAUCCUUACGUUAUGAAAAGUGACGCUUUGUGUGGUUUAUCAAGUGGAGUUUCCUGGACGGGACCUCAACUCAGUCCUGCCUGAUACAUUCAUGUUGUCCAAGAAUCAUCAGAAGGCGAGAGAAACAGAAGAUGACGGCAGAGAUUCCGGUGUGGGUGAACAGCCGGUUACGGUGGGUGACCGGGAUCGGACGCAAAACAACUUGUGACGACGUGAUCACCAUUCUCCUCCGUUGUGAGGAGGAUGGGAGGACGCGGUCUGAAGGAACGACGACGACUCUGCUUCAGGAAGGACACGGAUUCGCUAUCAUGGAGCGAUGGCGACGAAUGGAACGUCCUUUGGACGGCCGAUCGCGCAUACUGCGGGUGUGGAACGCUUGGGGUGACGCUCAGAAUGAAGUGCGGUUUACGCUGAAGCGAGUAUCAGACUGGGAGGCGGACAGCGGAAGAGGGAGCCCGAGCAGGGACUCCUGUAGUGCCACACUGGCCAGGAGACGAAAACAUCACCACCGUGGCAGCAAACUACCCUGGCCGCCGCAUCAUCAGACCAUCCACCCCCGUCGGCUAGCCCUGCUGCAACACCAUCAUCACAACCAGAAGGAUCUCAGCAACAAGUUACCCGAAACGAUCGAGAGGCUAAUGAAACUUAUACUGGCUCAAGGAGAGACGAUCCAGAAUCAGCUGAGAAGAUUACACGACAGGGACCACCAGAUCGAGCACCUGGAGGGUGAGACACACCGUGCACGCGUGGAGACACUUGGCUCAAACUACUUGUUGGAGACGUACCUGAAGCUGGAUCCUGAUAAUGCUGAUGAGGACGAUGAGGAAGAGAAGGGGGAUGACAGUGGUGUCGUAACUGAAGGCGGUAGUGACCAGACCCCACCCCCACCCCCGGAGGCUCCAUCGAGAGGACACAAAUGUAUGAGUAGUGUAGAACAGUCAGGUGACGGGUCUGAGCCCGCAACCGAUAAAGACGAAGCGACGCUUCUAAACUUGAAGACUCGGAUUGAACUGUGGGAGAAGCUAGUGAAAGUGAACAAGAGGCUAGAGAGAGAAGAAGAGUGUUUAGUGCGUCUCCAUAUCAAAUUCAGGCGCUACAAGAACAGUCGAGUUGAAGGGUUGAGGCUGCUUCCUGACCAGGAUACUGACGAGGAAAGUCUCCGGAUCAGGGACGCACUUCUCAGAGACCUGGAAAAGGUCCGACUAGAGCUGGAGCAAGGUACGAGGGAACUCGAACACAAUGCUGUGACCCUGGCAGAGACAGAAGCUCUUCUGGACGCCCGACGACAUUACCUGAAGCGACUUCAGGCAGAAUUUGAAGCGUCAGACGAGAUGAUGACGACACAACAGCCAGAAGCGGGCAAUGCCACUGCGACUUGCAGUUCUGCAAACGAUACGGACUCAAAUUCUGACACAGGUCUGAGCUCCUUGCACAGUAGCAGCGAGGAGGGAGUCUAUGUCCUUGAUACUCUCGUAUGAUAACGACACGAUCAUAGAGUUCAGCAAGAUGGUACAAGUUAGGUGUCAGAUAAUGUAGAAAGUACUCAAGAUCUACUUUAUUCACGAGCGCACAGCAGUCUCUGUACGAGUAUUUCAGAUGCCGCUGAGUACUUUAGUAAACAGUUGGUUUGAUCAGAAUAAAAGUGGUGAUACCAUAGAAUAGUUAACGUCUUCUACGCUCGUAGCCCGUUCUAACACAGGAAUAUGGACAUGGGAUGACGUUUCUUUUUUGUAUAAUGUUGUCGUGUGUAUUUACAGACAUUGCGACGGACUGGAUCCCCAUCAAAUGAGCGUUACUAAAGUCAUAAAUACACGUCGUUUCAUAAUUUUAAAUUGUAAAAGCUGAAGAGAAAGAAACGUUAAAAAUAUUAUAAUAAGUAUUAACAGAAAGAUGGAUCUGAAAUUGCUGUAUUGUUCGUCGUUAAAAUGUGUGGGGUCACUUAGUUACAAUAGAGAAAACUUCAGUUUUUAUUUCUUGCCAAAGUGGAAGUUAUCACAAUUAGAAAAAAGUUUAGGACUUUCUGGACUCAAGAUUUCUUUAUGUAUUACCGAGUUCCUGGAAUUUAUCCAUCGUCUGGUAUUCUCAAAACACAGGUUUCAAGGACCGGAUCUGUCUUUCUCCUCGGGUGUAAGGAAGAAAGGCGCCUAUUCUGUUGGGUCCGUUACAAGUAACUAACCUCAAUCACUGGUCGAAACAAUCGGUAAUCGAGAUUAUAAUACAGCGUCAUCAGAACCUCUUAGAACCAACAUUUCUUUAUUCAUGAGAAUGGAAUUAUUGAUAUCUCCAAAUACUGUACCAUAGCCUUCAGACAUUUUUAAUUAUACAAAAAGGACACAAGAUUCAUAAAGCUACCUAUAAGAUUUGAAAAAUUAAGAGAAUCUUCUCUGUGCCUGAGUCCAAAUUUAUGCAGCAUUAACUGAAUAAUCUGCGUAGCAUUUAAAAAUUAUUGGUGUAAAAGAUUAAUGUCCUGGCAUAAACAGUUAUGUAUAUCCGUGUAAUAUUACGCCAAAUCAAUAUUUACUCAUAUAUAAGUUUAAAUAAGUAAGAAACUAAGGUCUCCAUUAAAUUGACUUUGUAUUAAUUUGAAAAAUGGUAAUUACGUUAAUACGAUCUCCUUAUGAAGUGUUCAUUACAUGUAGACUACCUAGCUCGAGGAACUCAAAACAUCACAUAAAACUCGCAUAUCAUGCAAAUAAAAACAAAAUGUAUGUUCGAAACACCAUUCUGUUAGCAAAACAUCGAGUCUUUUCCAAAGACACAAAAUUAAAAUCCUAUAUUUCUCUUUUCGUAAUAAUUUUAAGAGACUCCCACACCCACUUACUAGCUACCUUACAACAGCCAAGCUGAGUUAUUCCAAAUUACUUUCAGUCGGUGAACUAAUGUAUGUAAUUUGCAGACCCACGGUCAUCAACUACUUCAGCCUACCUAUUUUACGUACUUUACACACGGCAAUCUGCCGUCUUAAAGCAAGAGCUCAGCAACACAUUGACGUUAGUGUUUUCUUAGUGUUUAUACAGUUGCAAAAUACAAUCCCAACAAAUAUCACAAGAUGUUUUACUGGCGUAAUACACGUUUAUAUUCCGAAGCAUAAUUCUUUAUUUUAUCACAUAUUUUCUCCGCGAUGGUCAAUAAAUUGGACUCCAUGAGUGCACGAAGAGUACACAAGCCUACUUGUGACAUCCUGUAAGAUUCCCAACCUUUGUCCUGUCUUUUAACUCUUUCCUUCUACGCAGCAAACAAGCCUCACGCGCAUUAUUAUUUAUGUACUAUAAGAAGUCAAUAAAACACUUGAUUCUACUUCACUAGAAUGUAAGAGGCGGUGAUGAAUUGCUAUGACGCUACCAUGACUAAUCUUGUCCAGAAUUCAUGAAGUUGAAAUGAGAGCUAAAAAAUGUAGUUGAUCGAUUUUUAUCAAGAUAAGACGACGUCUCUCACCAAAUUUAAAUAUGGGUAAGAAUGUACGUACUAUUUUUUCCCCCAAAGACCGAAAACACCUUUAAAUUAUAUUCCAUCGUAUUUCAAAAACGAAAACAUUCGCGUGCUCCUUUUACGCUAAAUAUUUUAUUUCUAAAAUGGGCUGCCAUAAUAUCAUAAACACGUUAUGACCUCACGCUGGGUCCCAGGCUCGUCUUUCUGCGAGGAUUUAACACGUCAACGAAUUAUUGGGCGGAUGUACAUGACCAGAAAUCUUAAAAAAAAAACCUUUGCCAUCGAUGUACUUGAAUGUUAAAACAUUUCGUUUUGUUGUUUAGCCUAACCCUUCUAUGCUAUUCCCAUAUGAACAUAUGUAAAGUAUCCCUAUUAUUACUUACAUUAACUUAUGUUUAAAUAUUCGAUGUCAUUACUUUACACAAGUCAGUUUAACAACGCACUUAAAACAUUGAUUUCACAACAGCUUAUAUCAGCCAGGUAUGAAUGCAACGGCCUUCUAAUAUUAUAGUUUUCUGGGUACAAAAUCUUUACGGGUGUUCGUACAUGGGGAAUAGGUUAGUCCCCCUGCGCCAUAGCAAUCCUCGUCACUGCUGAAAGCAGAAUUGAAACGAGGUCUAGAAUGUGAAAAAACAGAACCCAUCAACAAGGGAACCUUUACGAUGUUUCCAUUCACAUUAUUUACAUUUCUUCAAGUUACUGUAGCAUGUGACCACAAAUGGACUAACCCAAGUUAAUAAAGGAUUCUGAUAAAACCGUACCUUGGUUCAGUUCAUACUUUGGUAAUAUUGGGAGUGGAAGUAAUUUUACCAACAAGUUUCCAGUUCUGCAGUGGUACCAAAAAUAUUGUUCUACCUUAAUUUAUAAGAGCAAAUGUUGAUCUUUGCUGUAUGCUAGUCAUAUAUUCACAUCAUUAUUUAAUAUUAAAGAAUAUUCUCAAA